GAUAAUUUAAGAUGAAAUAGCUCCUCAUUAACAAAAUAGCAACGUCCUCUUCCUAUGAGUCUAAACAUGUCAACUUCAUAGGCAUAAAUGGACGUGAGAGAUUCUUGUACGCAUCUCAUAUGCUAGUUCUAAAUAUAUGUGUUAUUUUGAUACAAGCAAAAAUUUAUUAAAUCAUUUGUGAGAGAAUGGAUUCGAUUGAGUUGGGAAAAGCUGUCGAAGAAGUUGAAGUUGUGAAUGAGUUAGAGAUAGAUGUUUCAUUUGUUCGUAUAUUAUGGGUUGAUAAUUCAGGACAACAUAGAUGUCGUGCAAUUCCUAGAAAACGUUUCUAUGAUGUUGUUACAAAGAAUGGUGUUGGUUUAGCAUUUGUGAGUAUGGCAAUGACAUCUUUCUUGGAUGGACCUGCACAUGGUUCUGGUUUGGGUUCAGUUGGUGAAGCAAGAUUAACACCUGAUUUGUCUACUAUAAGGACUAUUCCUUGGAGCAAGCAAGAUGAAAUGGUUUUAGGUGAUUUGAAUGUUCAACCUGGCCAAGCAUGGGAGUAUUGCCCAAGAGAAGCUUUAAGAAGAGCUUCCAAAAUUUUGAAAGAUGAAUUUGAUUUGGUAAUGAAUGCAGGGUUUGAGAAUGAGUUUUUUCUCUUGAAGAGAAAAAUAAGGGAUGGAAAAGAAGAAUGGAUACAAUUUGACUCAACUCCUUACUGCUCCUCAUCAGCAUUUGAUGCUGCUUCCCCAAUACUUCGUGAAAUUACUUCUGCUUUACAUUCCAUGGCCAUUCCAGUAGAACAGUUACAUGCAGAAGCUGGUAAAGGGCAAUUUGAAUUGGUUUUAGGACAUACCAUUUGUGCUAAAGCUGCAGACAGCUUAGUUUAUACCCGCGAAACCAUUAGAUCUAUUGCUAGAAAACAUGAUUUGCUUGCAACUUUUAUUCCAAAGUACACAUUAGAUGAUUUGGGUUCUGGAUGCCAUGUUCAUCUAAGUUUAUGGCAGAAUGGCCAAAAUGUAUUUAUGGCAUCUGAUGAAACAUCAAAGUAUGGAAUAUCAACUUUGGGAGAAGAAUUCAUGGCCGGAGUUCUUCAUCAUCUUCCUUCGAUUUUGCCAUUUGUAGCACCACUUCCUAUCAGUUAUGAUCGGUUGCAACCGAACACAUGGAGCGGUGCAUAUUUGUUUUGGGGAAAUGAAAAUAGGGAAGCUCCGUUGCGAGCUUCUUCUCCGCCUGGAACUCCGGGCGGUUUCGCGAGUAAUUUUGAAUUUAAGUCAUUUGAUGGUUCCGCAAAUCCAUAUUUAGGCUUAACUGCUAUAAUUGCUGCUGGCAUUGAUGGUCUUCGUCGACAUCUUUCUCUUCCUGAACCUGUUGAUACCGAUCUUAAUCCAAGAAACCUUCAAAGAUUGCCAAAAUCACUUUCUGAAUCUUUGGAAUCUCUUCAUAAGGCCGAGUUCCUUGACGAAUUUUUUGGUGAUAAGUUGCUCAUUGCCAUAAAAGCAAUUCGAAAGGCUGAAAUUGAUCAUUACUUGGAGAACAAGGAAGCAUACAAGCAACUCAUACACCGUUAUUGAGCUACUUGUCUAUUUUUCAUAUGCAAGACUUCUCAGAGCAUGAUUUAGAUUAUGGUAUCUUGUACUUUAAGGAAGAAAUGAAAAGAGAUGAGUGAGAAUGAAAAAGUGAAUUGAACUUCUUGGAUUAUUAUUAAUGAAUACAAUACAUCCACACAAGUAGAUCAGCUAGCCUUGCUUGAUCAACUGCUUGAAAUUCAAAUCAA